AUGGACGUGCCAGCCCACAAACAUGAUCGAACCAGUCCAAACGAUGAGUUAGAGAAGCACUCAUCCCGGCCAGAUGCGAUCAACUCAAAGCCCGAGCGAGGGGAAGCCGAAGUUGGCAAAUUGGAGUAUACCGCCAGCUCUUUGCCAGCUAUGCCAGCGACCGCAGAGCCUGAGAACGAAAAGGACGCAGUUGCCUUGUGGAAGUUUGUUGCCAUCUAUUUGUUAACGAUGCAACCGGGCCAACUGAAGCUUGACGAUGAUAGUGAAUCGGAAAUCAGCAAGCUUGCUGCCAGGUAUAUGUUAGAAAUACAACCAGGUCGUGGGAGCGAGAGAGCCUUGCCUGGAAUUGAGUUUAUAACCAUUCAAAAUGAAGAGAGGGGACUCGGCGGGAUCACGGAAGUUCCCUUGCAGCAGAUGGAGCGACUACUCUCUGGAAUACCUGAUGCUCAAGCUGUAGCUAUUUUUAUUCUGUCCCACCUGCCAGAGGAACAUCACGCUCUGCUUUCGUGCACACAAUAUUCGCAGAAGAACAUACCUCUCUCUGGCGUAAUCAUGUUUUGUUUAAGGAGUGGUCGUGGCAAUGUAAAAUCCGCAUCUCACCGACGGAGGUAA